AUGGACCCUUCGGCUCGUCACGGCGAUAACUUAAUAAAGGAUAUAUUACAACUAAAGACCAUAACUAGCGGCGACAAAGUCGCCGCACGCCAACCUAAUUUAGUUGCAAAAUAUGAUCGAUAUACCGCAUAG